AUGGCAGAAGAAAACAAAAAUGGAGCAGCACCGGCAGCGGAAGCGGCACCGGCAGCAGAAGCAGUACCGGCACCGGAACCAGCAGCGGAAGAUGCCGCACCCGAGGAAGGCAAGGCAGCGUCGGAAGCAGAAGCAUCCGAGGCUGAAUCGGAACCGGAACCAGAGCCAGUGCCUCAGAUUUCUACAUUCGAAAGGUUGAAACUAUUCCUGGUGGAAACGAACAACUUCCUCGGCAAGUACGACGAUCUUGUGGAGAAUAAGGAUAAGCACAAGAGCGUCUACCUUCAUACCGUCAACGAACUGCGUGAGCUGCUGGUAACGUUGCUCCAACGGUACAUCCUGCAUACGAUGGUCCGGGAAGAUUUCCUCUACAAGCACAUUGUAUGCUGUGGAGAGGAUGCGGAGGCUAUGAAUACGGAAGAAUUCGAUGAGCACUAUGCGGAAGUUCACAGUGAGGCGGACAAAGCUGUUUCCUUUCCAGAGCUGGACCACAUCCGAGCCUACACGAGCGAAGUGAAGACGUACAUCGAGCAUGGAAAGGCCAUGAACAACGAUCUAAUAUUUUCAUUGAAGCGACUACUGCGAAAGAGCAAUUCCGUCCUAGCUGGACAUCUUGGUUGA